AUGGAAGUAUCCAACGGCAAUGCAUCGGAGCCAGAGGAUGAAGGAAGCUUCGACGUAAUACGAGAAGCAAUCUUUGCGGCUCUGUCGGCAUUGCCAGACGUGGAUUUCCCGAUGGAUCAACCAGCGACACCUGUCGAGGAUGUACCGAUGGACCAACCAGAGACAACUGUCGACCAAGAGGAAGACAUGCCAAUGGAAGAAGCCGAGGCCCAGCCAGACGUUCCUGAGGAGCCGGUUACACAGGUUGAUUCUGAGCCCGCUGAGGCUGUUUCACCGGAGGAAGACUUGCCCGUCAUUCAUGUUAGAGGGGCGACACCGCUGGAAGAAGCUGAACCUCUACCGUGUGAUGCUCGUGAGUCCCCUCUUGAGACCCCUUGGGCCCCAACCGGAGCCAGAAGAGGCAGUACUCGAUAG